UCAGCAAUUCAGCCAGGGUGGGAAGAAGUGCCGAGCACGUGGGCUUUGAACCAAAGUGCGUGAGCAAGACCUGGACUCCGAGUGAUGGGGCCGGCCCCUGCGGGAGCGCAACAUCGGGCAGCUGCUGGGGACCCAGAGGUGAUGGAACUAGCUCUGGAAGACACAUGCCAGGAAGGAAAGAAGGAGUACUCUAAGAAGUGUACCUUGGUUGGGUCUCCAGUGGAGAGUCUCCUGCAGCCAGUGAAGCUUAGCCAGGCAGAACUGUACAAGGAGCCUACCAAUGAGGAGCUAAACCGCCUUCGGGAGACUGAGAGUCUGUUCCACUCUAGCUUGCUUCGUUUGCAGGUAGAGGAGCUACUAAAGGAAGUAAGGUUGUCGGAGAAGAAGAAGGAGCGGAUCGAUGUUUUCCUACGGGAGGUCAACCAGCGAGUCCUGAAGGUGCCCUCAACUCCUAAGACACAGCUGACUGACCAGACCUGGCUCCCAGCUGGGGUUCGAGUACCCCUCCACCAAGUGCCCUAUACUGUGAAGGGCUCUUUCUGCUUCCUUCCUCCAGCCCAGGUCACUGUUGUGGGCAGCUACCUUCUGGGUACCUGCGUCCGGCCAGACAUUAACGUGGAUAUGGCAGUGACCAUGCCCAAGGAUCUCCUACAGGACAAGGAUGGGUUGAACCAGCGCUACUUCCGCAAGCGUGCUCUCUACCUGGCCCAGUUAGCUCACCACCUGAGCCAAGACCCCUUCUUUGGCAGUGUUCGCUUCUCUUACACCAAUGGAUGCCACCUGAAACCCUCGCUCCUACUUCGGCCACAUGGGAAGGAUGAGCGCCUGGUCACUGUACGUCUGCAUCCAUGCCCUCCACCUGACUUCUUCCGCCCGUGCCGCCUGCUGCCAUCUAAGAACAAUGUGCGCUCUGCCUGGUACCGAGGGCAGAGUCCCCCAGGGGAUGGUAGCCCAGAGCCUCCCACCCCCCACUAUAAUACAUGGGUUCUGCAGGACAUGGCCCUUGAGUCUCACGUGCAGCUGCUGUCAACUGUGCUGGGUUCAGCCUUGGGGCUGAAGGAUGGCGUGGCACUUCUGAAGGUCUGGCUGCGGCAGCGGGAACUGGACAAGGGCCUGGGAGGGUUCAGUGGGUUCCUUGUCUCCAUGCUGGUUGCCUUCCUUGUGUCCACACGCAAGAUCCACACCACCAUGAGUGGCUACCAGGUCCUGAGAAGUGUCUUGCAGUUUCUGGCCACCACAGAUUUGACAGUCAAUGGGAUCAGCUUAUGUCUCAGCUCAGAUCCCUCCUUGCCGGCCCUGGCUGACUUCCAUCAGGCCUUCUCUGUUGUCUUCCUGGACUCCUCAGGCUGUCUCAACCUCUGUGCUGAUGUCACUGCCUCUACUUACCACCAGGUACAGCACGAGGCACGGCUGUCUAUGGCAUUGCUGGACAGCAGAGCUGAUGAUGGAUUCCAAUUUUUGCUGAUGACUCCCAAACCCAUGAUCCGGGCUUUUGACCACGUCUUGCAUCUCCAUCCACUGAGUCGCCUGCAGGCAGCAUGUCACCGGCUAAAGCUUUGGCCAGAGCUGCAGGAUCUUGGUGGGGACUAUGUUUCAGCUGCUUUGGGCUCACUGACCACCCUCCUGGAGCAGGGUCUGGGGUCCCGCCUUCACCUGCUGGCCCACUCUCGGCCCCCAGUCUUAGAGUGGGACAUUAGCCAGGAUCCACCGAAGCACAGAGACUCUGGGACCCUGACCCUAGGAUUGCUCCUCCGGCCUGAGGGGCUGACCAGUGUCCUUGAGUUGGGUCCGGAAGCCAACCAGCCCGAGGCUGCUGACUUCCGCCAGUUCUGGGGAUUUCGCUCAGAGCUUCGGCGUUUCCAGGAUGGAGCCAUUCGGGAAGCUGUGGUCUGGGAGGCAGCCUCUAUGGCCCAGAAGCGCCUUAUUCCCCACCAGGUGGUCACCCAUCUCUUGGCACUCCAUGCCGACAUCCCAGAUACCUGUGUCCACUAUGUGGGGGGCCUUCUGGACGCGUUGAUCCAAAGCCCAAAAGAGACCUCCAGCACAGGUGAGGAAGCCCUGGCAGCAGCAGUGCGUUGCUACGAUGACCUCAGCCGCCUCCUGUGGGGGCUGGAAGGUCUCCCGUUGACUGUGUCUGCUGUGCAGGGAGCUCAUCCAGUACUGCGCUACACUGAGGUGUUCCCACCAACCCCAGUCCGGCCAGCCUACUCCUUCUACGAUCACUUGCGAGAGCAGGCCUCGCUGUUGCCUCGGCCUGACAAGCCCUGUCCAGCCUAUGUGGAGCCCAUGACUGUGGUAUGUCAUCUGGAAGGCAGUGGUCAGUGGCCACAGGAUGCUGAGGCCAUACGCCGGGUCCGAGCUGCCUUCCAGCUGCGCCUGGCGGAGCUGCUGACCCAACAGCAUGGGCUGCAGUGUCGUGCCACAGCCAUACACACUGAUGUCCUCAAGGAUGGGUUUGUGUUCCGGAUUCGUGUGGCCUAUCAGCGGGAGCCCCAGAUCCUGAGGGAAAUGCGGAGCCCUGAGGGGAUGAUCUCAUUGAGGGACACGCCUGCCUCCCUCCGCCUUGAGAGGGACACAAGGCAGUUGCCCCUGCUCACUAGUGCCUUGCAUGGACUCCAGCAGCAGCACCCAGCCUUCUCAGGUGUGGCACGGCUGGCCAAGCGGUGGGUGCGCGCCCAGCUUCUGGGUGAGGGGCUCACCGAUGAGAGCCUGGACCUGGUGGUUGCUGCUCUUUUCCUGCACCCUGAGCCCUUCACCCCUCCUAGCUCCCCCCAGGUGGGCUUCCUUCGGUUCCUUUUGUUGAUAUCAACCUUUGAUUGGAAGAACAACCCCCUUAUUGUCAACCUCAACAAUGAGCUCGCUGUGGAAGAGCAGGUGGAGAUCCGCAGUGGCUUCCUGGCAGCUCGGAGACAACUCCCGGUCAUGGUCAUCCUUACCCCCCAGGAUCGUAAAAACUCUGUAUGGACACAGGAUGGACCAUCACCCCAGAUCCUACAGCAGCUUGUGGUCCUGGCAGCCGAGGCCUUGCCUGUCCUAGAGAAGCAGCUAAUGGAUCCCCGGGGGCCUGGGGACAUCAGGACAGUGUUCCGGCCACCCUUGGAUAUGUAUGAUGUGUUGAUCCGCCUGUCUCCCCGCCACAUCCCCCGGCACCGCCAAGCCGUGGACUCACCAGCUGCCUCCUUCUGCCGUGGCCUGCUCAAUGAGCCAGGGCCCUCGUCCUUGAUGCCUGUGCUGGGCUAUGAUCCUCCUCAGCUUUAUCUGGCACAGCUCAGGGAGGCCUUUGGGGACCUGGCCCUUUUCUUUUAUGACCAGCAUGGUGGAGAGGUGAUUGGUGUUCUCUGGAAGCCCACCAGCUUCCAGCCCCAGCCCUUCAAGGCAUCCAACACAAAGGGGCACAUGGUGGUGUCUCAAAGUGGGGAGCUGGUGAUGGUGCCCAAUGUAGAAGCGAUCCUGGAGGACUUUGCCAUCCUGGGUGAAGGCCUGGUACAGGCUGUGGAGGCCCGAAGUGAGAGGUGGACUGUGUGAUCUCCACCCCAGGAGCAAGCUGUAGGUGUACAGCCGGACUUCAGACCUCUGGAGCAAGAUGUCAGUGGCAUGAUCUCCAUCCUCGUUGCGUACGGAUCUUCCAUGGAGUACCUGCUGGCCUAAACACACUGAGAUGUUCCCCUAGAAAAGCCCUGCCCCAAAUUUCUGUCUGAUGCUUCAGCAUCAGAGCAGGGGCCUGGUUUCUUACAGAGUCCCCUGGGCCUGUCUGAACUUCCAGAAGAGGAGGGCAAGCCAGCUCAGCGAACUGAAUGAACCCAGGAGAUCCAUCCACCUGUCAGCCUUAGUCUGGGCUUUUUUUUUUUUUUUUUUUCCUUUUCUUCCUAGGAUGUUUCCAGAAGUGUGGAGAGGAGGACAUUUGCCCAAGGCUGAGGCUGUCUCCCCUUCCCAUUGCCAGGAUGUGUGCCUACACCUUAGUAUGCCCUUCAGGGCAGUGUCAGGCCUUUAAAUGGGGUCCAGAGAAGGUAUGGCACUUCUUGAGGGUCACAGAAUAUCUGCACUGAGCAGUGGGAAAGGGGCUCUGUGUGUAUGAAUAGAGCCCAUUGAAGGGACACGGGUGUCUCCUGUGUGAGUGCUCUUACUUUCCAGGGUACACCAGGGGAAAGCACAGAGGACAGGAGGGGCUGGGUACCCAGUGAGCCAGCGAAGUGAGGGGGACAGAUGGUCCCCUAGUCCGGGAGAGCUGCAGAAAGCGCUCAGCGUUGCCCUGGCUGCUCAGUGUCUCAGUCCCCCGGCUCCAUGGCAUCUGCCCAUUCAUGUCACACACUGUCCCCACUGCAUCCCUGCAGUAAGGGUGUGGGGGGAACAAGCCCCAAGUCCUGCUCUCCAGGAGCUCUCAGUGCCAGGGUGGGGGGUGGUGCUGCCUCCUUUCACCCCAGUCCACACCCCACUUGCAGCAGCCUCUCCCUUCUCCGUCUCCCCUAAUCCUGGCUGUUUUUCCAGACUCAGCUCGAAUAGUGCUUCCUCCUCCAACCCUUCCCUCGCCCCCAGCCUGAGGUGCUCUUUCUCUCGUCUGAAACAUGAGCGCAAUUACUGUCUGUUCAGUUUACUUUGUAGUUGCAUACAGGGCGUGAACUCUUCUGUUGUUUUAAACUCUGAUUUAAAAUUAAGUCACUUAAUUUCCCCAUGUUCCUGGCUUUUCUACCAUUUUCACAUAGUUUUAACAUUGUCUCCUAGAAGUAAACUCUCUGGGGGCAGGUAACAUGUUUGAACAGAUUUCUUGGCACCUUCAUGGUACCCAGGACAAUGCUCAAGUAGGAUGCAGGUGUGUGCAGAAGGGGCAUCUAGGCCAGGCAGAUGGAGAGCAAGCAGGCCCACCAAAAUGCUUUAAGGACAAGGGAAUCAUAAUUUGUAAUCUCUGCAUAGAAUGAGUGUGGAGGUGACAAUGAGUUGCACCCUGAGAGUUAAGAUGCAGCUGACAUUUUGAGUGCCUGGUAAAUGCUGGGCACUCCGUUUUUUUACAUGUCUUAUGUGCAGGAACGUGAUCGUGCAACAAUCCCAGCCCUGUGAAGUAUGUGCUUUUAGUUAUCCUCAUUUUCUGAAAGGUUCAGCAGCAGGCAUGGGCCUGUUUGUGAAGAGAUUGAUGCCUGGCUAUCAGGGUUCAUCCUCAAGAUGAUAAGGGAUGCCUGGGUGGCUCAGUUGGUUGAGCGUCUGACUUCAGCUCAGGUCAUGAUCUCAUGGUUCAUGAGUUUGAGCCCCGCGUUGGGCUCUGUGCUGACAGCUCAGAACCUGGAUCCUGUCUCAGAUUCUGUGUGUCCCUCUCCCUCUGUUCUUCCCCCACUUGUUCUUUCUCUCUCUCUCAAAAAUAAAUAAAGAUAAAAAAAAAAAA